AUUCUAACUUAGAAAGUUCUUGUCCACAGAAGCGUGUUGCGGUGUUUGGAUGCUUGCCAUGUAUUCUUCAUUGGGCUCGUAGGAAUUCCUAUCUUGCACCGUUCACAUAGUUCUUCUUGCCUUGUAUUCGUUCUAUCCCUGACUGUUAAGCCAGUGACAAUGGUUUCUCUAGCCCUUACUUUGAGUACUUUACUUCUAUUAUCCAACUAUGUUGCUUGUCUCCAGGUCACGCCAGGGUCAUCUUGUGCCUCGGUGUGCUUGGACCAGUCGGAUGGCGAUCCUCAAGACCCAGGAGCAUCGUCGACUAAUUCGUCCGACAUCACUUGUCUUGAUAGUGGAUAUGGGCAGUCGGUAACAGGUACCAAGUUCAAGGCUUGCCUCAACUGUCUUAGGGAGAGCGAAGCUGUCAACGGCACCGAAAGUGAUGUGUCUUGGUUCUUAUAUAAUAUGCGAUACACACUUGACGUGUGCGUAUUUGGCUUCCCGAAAACCGAGAAAUCUGUCUCGUCCCCUUGCGAAAUUGACUACGGAUGUGCUCCCCUGGCCGACUCGCUGAAAACUGAUUUAUUGAGCCCUAACAACGGAUCGGAAUUUGGCUACUGUAGUGGGCUCGGGAACUCGAGUGUUGAAGCAUGCUCCCAGUGUUUUCAAGCCAGUACUGACCAAGUCUAUUUGUCGAACUUUCUUCUUGCCUUACAAGCCGGUUGCGAGCAAACCCCCAAACCAGGAACCUUACUUGGUAUAUCGGGGGACCUCUUCUCCGAAAAACCUAUCAAUAUGACUACGCCACCUUCCAAUAGCACAUCACAGGCCGAUAGCUCGAGCCAAACAGUUAUGACGACAGGCACGAUCGUGGGCAUCGCUACUGGGGCCUCAUUGCUAUUGUUUGGCGGUGUGGGACUCUUCUUAGUUCACCAUCGGCGUGAGAAGAAAGCAAGAGCGCAGGAUAAAAUGAACUCGGACUUUGAUCCGCGAGGGGGGAGUAGUUCGAUCACAGCACCUAACAGGGGAGCGUUUGUGUCCUUCGAUAGCAAGCCUCUAACAUCCAUGAUGAGCGACUACGAGAUCAAGGCUCAGAAAGCAUAUACGAAUAACGCCGAAUAUUACGACGUACUCGAGAAGGAGAUGGCAGCUCGACGAGCCAACUACAACUUAGAUCCCCGCAAUGGCCGCCUAGGUCCUAACGGCGCCCUACCCACACACCCUGCCUACAUUCCAGGGAACAUGAGCCGUGACCCUUCUAGAACGGUGACUCCAACACCCCCACCAGCCGUCAAAUACCACGCACCAGACUCCUACGCUCUUCAACAAUACCUAAACGCAGCUGAAGACGCCGUUUCGAUACACUUACCACCACCGCCUUCAUCGAAUCCUCCAUCACGAACAUCCAACAGAUCUCCUUCCCCAGCAGAUUCUGCUACAACGCGACUCCUACAGUCUUCGCGACCGGCAUCCCCACCGCCUCCCCCUCCAGCACGAAGCCACACUAAAGUCCCUUCACUAUCACUCCCCAUUGUACCACGAAUCCGAAUACCUAAAAAAUACUCGCCGCCGCAGAUUUACGUGCAAGGUGCUACGCCAACUGAUGCCCGUGGUCAACCGGAUGCACAAAUAUCAAAGCCCCUAACAAUCCACGAGCGGCGGUUCCAAGACCGCGCUCCAUUCGGUGCGCCCCCGACAAAUCUCGGUUCUAAUGAUGUCGUGGAGCAGCAAUUGACGCCGCCCCCGCGGUUCAAAGAGGAUUUAGGUGUGAGGACCGGGGAUAGCUCAUUCUACGGCUGAGACAGGAAUAUCUUGUGUAUGAUUAGGUACUUUUGGAGGUUUUGUAUUUAGAUCGAUACCCAGGCAGGUUUGUGCGAUAUCAUUGGAUGGGCGUUUAGGAUGGAUGCCUCGCUUGGACGAGGUAUAAAAUGGAUAUAUGGAAUAGCAUAGCAUGACAUAGAUUGCAUUAAGUCAAGAUUGAUAUGAUGUAAAUAA